GGAAAGUCAAGAAAGAAACCGUGAUUUUUGGUUUGGAGCUGCAGCAAAAUGCGACUAGGCUGCACCUCAACGCCAGCCACCAUCAACGACGCCACAACACAAUAAUAUACUCGGUCGCCGCUUCAUUUCAUUGAACCGGCCUCCUCGUCCGGUGCUUGGUUCUCUUCUGUGCGGUUCAGAGAGGUAGAGCCCACUCGAAAAGUUCCCUCGCGACUCGAACGAUAAAGAAGCUUCCCAAACUCGGCAUGCCAUGGGCGACGCAUCUGCUAUCGGCGCCUUCCCGCAGACGCCGGUCCCUUCAUCGAGACGAGGUCCCGCGAGGGGCCCAGCUCCCUCCUCCACGACCAAGACAAGCAGCCCUCUGCCAGUAGCUCCUCAGCAAGGGGCAUCAGCAGCAUUGAGCUCCGCACCUGUCAUCCCGCUACGCAUCCUGGACGCCCCGACACAGCGUCUCUACGCCUUCGGCUUCUAUGUCGCCCUCUUAGCAUGGAAGUUCUACGACUGGGCCCAACUGGUUGAGGAAGACACAGAAUCCUUUUGGCUUUUCUUGAAAUGGAUUGCGAUAGACUGCGCGUUUCUGUUUGGGCUGCCGGAGCUGAGGAUACCAUGGCUUGAGCUGUCACAGCCAUUCGUGGUUGGAGCCUUCUUCAUCCAUGCCCUCUUCGACUGGGUGCUCAUGUUCAAUAUCGGGUUUCCCUGGCAGGCAUGGAUUCUGGGAUUCGUCAAGGUCUUCUACGACCGGGAGCUCGCCAUUUCAGAGCACAACGUCAAGCUCUCAAGCAUAUUACACAAUUCUUCGCUGAUCAUGGGCCGGCAAAUUAUCAAUAUUCUCCCAGAGGGGUCCGCCAUCCUUAAUCCUGAGCUCCACCCCUUUUGCUUGGGCGGUGACCGUAAGACGGCGCCGCUGCCCAUCUUCUUCAACGCAACCAUCCCGGUUGAGGUCGAGCUUAUCCGCACCGAUCUCGAGACGAACCAGCAGGAGUCCAUAAAGCUGACGAGGGCUCAAAUCCGGGAUAUCGAGCGGAAGGCCAAGCGAGAAAGCCAGGACGGAGUGCAGACCGUGGUACAAUUUGAAUACCCUGUGAAAAAGCCUGGUGCUUACCGGCUCGGACGAGUCCUCGACGAGUACAAGCUGGAAGUUCAACGGAGGAAUCCGCAAACUUUCGUUGUCCCUUGCCCGAAGGCCUGGAUCGGUCCCUCCGCCUCGCCGGGACGCUGUGUGGGCGACCUCUCUGACGUCUCCAUCCAGAUUGAGGGAACCCCACCGCUGAAGAUCAAGUACAGUCGCACAAUCAACGGCAAGGAUCACAGCUUCCACUUCCAAAGUCUGCAGCCGGACGGCUUCACCUCCCCCCUCGGGGCUUUGCGCUCGACCAGCCUGGUCGGCCUGGACGACGAGGAUAUCUCCUGGUCCCGGUCGCAGCGAGUCCCUGUCGGUCUCAACGAAUCCAUGCACGCCAGCGGAGAAUGGCAAUAUUCGGUAGAUGAGGUCCAGGACGGGUUCGGGAAUCUUGUCAGGUACGACUCGUCGGCCGACGAUCCCGAGGGGAAGCCUAAGCCCAAGCAUCUCGUGCAGAACUUCGUGGUCAAGGAGCGCCCCCAGGUCCGGUUGGAGGGGUGCGAUCUCAGGAGGCCGCUCAAGGUCGCCAAGGGCGAAUCCAAGGAGCUGCCCGUCCGCUUCAAGAUGCCUGGCCAGACUCCGGACAUUACAGCACAUACCCUGACCUGGCACUUCUCGCCCAUUGAUACUCUCACCGAGAGCGGAGAUCAUGGCGAUGCUGUUACCACCGGAACGUACAAUGCGAGGAACGCCCGUGAUAGGCCAGUGAUCUCCGAGCCUGGCCUGUACACUCUCAAGUCGGUGUCUGCCAGCUCCUGCGAGGGCGAGGUCCAGGAGCCCUCGUCCUGCCUGCUGCUCAACCCUCUCGAGCCCAAGGUCACCGUGCGUUCUGAAGAAAUUCCCGACACAUGUGCCGGCAACUCGAUUGGCUUGCGCGUCGACAUGGACCUGAUUGGGACUCCGCCCUUCAUUGUCCGCUACGACGUGAUUUCCAACGGCCAGCGGCGGUCGGAGAGAGUCAACAUCCCUGGCCUUCGCUAUCAGAUGGACCUGGUGCCGCGCGUCGCUGGUCAUCACAAGUACAUUUUCACUCACAUUGGUGACGCCAUCUACAACAAGGGCCAAAAGCUCACAGGCUCCGAGUACGUCCUGGAGCAGGACGUCAAGCCCGCAGCAGCGGCUCUCAUCCAGCACAGCUCUGGCAAGGUGAGCUCGUGCCUUGGUGAUGAGGUCACUGCAGAUAUCCUGCUCCUUGGCGACGCUCCCUUUACGCUCGAGUGGGAGAUUAUCCACGAUGGCAAGAGAAAGCAGUACAAGGCCACCGACAUCCGGGAGAAUUCGUACCAGAUCAAGACCAAACCGUUGACGCAAGGCGGCGAGUACACGCUGGGCUUGACGAGCAUCCAGGACAAGCGCGGUUGCAGGAACUUUCUUCAGGACGAGCUCAAGAUCUCCGUCAGGCGCCAGAGCCCGCGUGCCGCUUUCGGCCAGAUUGAGGGCAAGCGGAAGAUGCUGGCUGUCGAGAGUGCAACCGUGAAGCUUCCGGUCCGCCUUACUGGGGAGGGGCCAUGGAAGGUCUUCUACACCCGCCUCGACGAUGGCCCCGCGGAUCAGCCGAAAAUCUUGGAGAGGACAGUUCGAAAUGACAAUGGCUACAUCGACGUCAAGGAACGAGGCGCCUACACCAUCACCGACGUCUGGGACAGCCAGUGCCAUGGUGUUGUCGACUCCAAGGCAUCCACGUUCGAGGUCGACUGGUUCCCCAGGCCGGAGAUGUCUGUGGCGCUUACACAUGGUGUAAGCCAGACAGACGGCGGGUAUAUGGUGGAGGAUGUUUGCGAGGGCGACAUUUCAGGUUUCGAGGUUGCUCUGAAAGGUACGCCGCCGUACACGGCGGAAUACGAGGUCCGUCAUCAUCCCCUCCACGGAUCCAGCUCUCUGAGCAAGAGAAAAUUCGACGCGUCUCUCGGGAAAGAGUCAAUUCAGGCCGAUACGGCGAAGGCCGGCUCGUAUACGUACAAGUUCACUGCCCUGGAAGACAAUCUGUACAGCAGCGACCGCAGCUUCAAGCCGCUAGUAGUGAAGCAGAAGGUGAACAGGAAGCCGGCGGCCUCCUUCGUCAAACCCGGUCAGACGUUCAAGUACUGCAAGUCGGAGCAGGACAACGAGGACGGCAUCCCCGUGUCCUUGACGGGCGUUCCUCCCUUUGCGCUGGAAAUCGAGAUCAAGCAUCAAAGCGCCGCCGUGCCCGAGAUCUACCGCACGCCAGCCAUUAACACGCACUCGUACGAGAUCCGCAUCCCACGCCACCAGCUCCGGCUGGGGACGCAGCACAUCCGCAUCCGCGACGUCAAAGACGGCAGCGGCUGCCACUCGAUGGGCGAACUCACGGGCGGGCCGUCAGUCCAGGUCCAGCUCUUCGAGGCACCCACCAUCUACCCGCUCGAGACGCGCACCGACUACUGCGUCGGCGAGCGCAUCUCGUACACGCUCUCGGGCACGCCGCCUUUUGAGGUGUGGUACACGUUCGACGGCGUGGAGCGCAAGGCCAAGUCGCCCACGACCAACUUCCGGCGCGUGGCCGAGUCGCCGGGCGAGUUCAUCAUCACGACUCUCUCCGACAAGGCCAGCGAGUGCCGCGCGCCGGUGCACAUCGCCAAGACGAUCCACCCGAUGCCGGCGGUGCGCAUCAGUAAGGGCAAGAAUGUGCGGGUGGACAUACACGAGGGCGGCGAGGUAGAAAUCCUCUUUGAGUUCUGGGGCACGCCGCCGUUCGAGUUCACGUACACGCGCAGCACGAAUGCGAGGAAAGGCCAGAAGAGCCAGGUGCUGGAGACGAGGCACGAUGUGAGCCACGAGCACAGCAAGGUUGUCCGGGCGAACCAGGAGGGCACGUAUGAGGUUGUGGCCAUUAAGGAUAAGUAUUGUGCCUUUUCGACGCAGACCGGGGCGGAGGGAGUCGGGAAGGAGAAGGGGAGGGUUAAGGGGCAGAAGGUUAUCAAGUAUUAGCUCUUUUCUUCUUCCUCAGGUGGGAGAAAGAUGGGGGAGAAUGUGAAUCAAAAGAGAUUGGGUACGUUGUUAGUAACUGGUCUUUUGGGUUGUGGUAGCUUUAGGAUUUUGUAUGGUUGUGCAUAGAAGGGGAGGGAGAAAGUGAUGCUGCCAUAGCACGGCGUUUAUGGGUAAUGAAAUUGAGAGCUUCA